AUGAUGUUUGGAUGGCUGUUAAUUUGGAUGUUCAGCGUUUAUUCAAGCUAUGGGCAGCAAUACUAUGAUUCAACACUAUGUUCUGACACCUCAGUUCAUCCAGGUACGAGGUAUACCUGCAAUUCUAGCCCCGGGUUUUCGUGUCCAACGUUCUUGGUUUACCGAGCUAGCCAUGGUGUUCGAACCAUAUCAACUAUCUCUUCUUUGUUUAAUAUCCCUCCUGGUGAGCUUCUGUCUCCCAGGAACAACGUCACCUCAUCUUCCGAGAUCCUUGAACCGGGCAGAGAAGUCCUUAUCCCGGUUCAAUGCUCUUGCUCGGGCGGAUUCUUUAGCGCGAAUUUGAGCUACAAAGUCCUAGAAAACACUACAUUCGAGAGCGUUGCCUGCGAGGUUUUUGAAGGUUUAGUGAAACCAGUGACACUUAUUGAGGAAAAUGUGUCCAAGAAAAGGGACAAAGAAGGUCUCGGGGCGGGCACUGAGAUUGUCGUGCCAUUGAAAUGUGCAUGUCCUUAUAAGUCUUUUGGCCCGCCCGGGCUAAAGUAUCUUGUCACGUACCCUAUAGUGUCAGGGGACGAUGCGGAUUUAUUGAGCAAAAAGUUCAAAAUCCCUAUCAAAGAAAUAUGGGAGAUUAACAAUUUAAGUUUCAAGGAUAAUACAAUUUAUCCAAACACAACCAUUCUCCUGCCUCUCAAAUCUGAACCGUCCAUUAAUUUCAGCGUUUCCAAUUCUGAACCUCCCACUCCAGGGUUUCUCCAGACAUCACCCGUGGAAAAACCAGGCAAAAACCUGAGACUUAAGAAACUGUACAUUUCAGUGUCAGUAAUUGGAUUUUGUCUCCUUGUGGCCACGAUUAUUGCCUGUUCUUUAUACCUGAGGACUUUAAGGAAAUUCAGGGCCGCCAGGGUUCAAUCUUCAAUCCGGAGAAGUACUACUGGCACAUCAUUUUCGACCCCGAGAAGCUCCCCGAAAUCAGGUCCAAUGGCGAAUUCGUGCCUGUCGCCUGAUCUUCUAGCAGGACUGAAAUACUCCCUGUGUAACUACACAGCAGAGGAGCUGAGGAAAGCCACGAGAGGCUUCGACGAAGAUGCUAAGGUGAGCGAGAGCGUGUAUAGAGGGUGGAUUGAUAACGCGGAAGUGCUAAUAAAGCAGAUGAGAUUUGAGGGCACAAGGCAAAUAAUUGAUGUGCAUUCAAGAAUCAACCAUGUUAACAUUGUGAGGCUGCAGGGGGUGUGCUAUGGCGAGAACGAUUUCUCUUCGUGUUCCCUCGUGUUCGAAUUCCCUGCAAAUGGGAGCCUGAGAGGCUGCUUAUCGAGCCCCUCGGGUUCCCUGAGGUGGCACAGGAGGACUCAGAUCGCUUUCGAUAUAGCCACCGGGCUGCAUUACCUCCACUUCUGCACAAUCCCUCCAUAUACUCACAUGAAUGUGAACACCAAAAACAUUUUCCUGACUCAGAAUUGGAGGGCAAAGCUGACCGUUUUUGCAGCCGUGCCAUCGCCCUCGAUUAGUGGAGCUUCGAAAGAGUCAUCAGGUGGGAGUAUGGGGAGCCUAGGAGGGUGGAUUUUGCCUGAACAUCUUGUUCAUGGUUCUGAGUCUGAUAAGGCUGAUAUUUUCGCCUUCGGGGUCGUUCUGCUCGAGCUUUUAUCGGGUAAAGAUGAUGUGAAUUCCAUUAUGUUUCUGGGAGGAGGAGGAGGUACUGAAGGGGGGUGUUUUGAGCAGCUGAGGAAUUUCAUGGAUCCAAGCUUGAAGGAAGAUUAUCCUCUUGCAGAGGCUUUGUGUUUAGCUGUUUUGGCUAAAGCUUGUGUUGAGGAUGACCCUCUGCAUAGGCCUUCCAUGGAUGAUAUUAUCAAAAUUCUUGCCAGAAUGGUCUGAGAACAAGAAAAACAAAAUGCAGAUCGAGUUUUCAGAUUCAAAUUCCAUUGGCUUUCAUGUAUAUUGUGUUGCUGAGUACUAGUAGUUAUUCAGAAGUGAUGUUCUUAAGACUUGAAUAGCACUUAUUUUCAGCCACUUUAUUUAUAAAUCAAAGAUUUUCAAUACAAUUUUAUUUAUUUGUUA